AUGAGCUUAUUACCUCUCAAGGGAAAAAAGACACAGACAAUUGUCCUUGGAUUGACCCGCUCACCGCAUUUACCUCUAGCCUCUCUCUCCUCCACAAAGAAGGCAAGACCAAGUACCAAGUACCCAGCGGAACAUAAAAAGAAGCAGGGAAAGAUAUCAUCUGUCGAUCCCUUCUGA